UUAGCAAAUCUUAACCACACCUUGCAUAACAUGGCUACCACCAGCUCAAGUGAAGAUGAACUGACAAUUGCCCUUGUUUCUGCGAUUGUACAUCGUCGGAGGAGAAGAAAGCGACCCAAAAAGUUUUGGGUUCGUCCUAUAUUCAGAAGAAGGGUGGAGCAGGGUGAGUAUAACAACUUGCUGCAAGAGAUGAGGCUAUCCGACACAGAUAGCCACUUCAGGUAUUUAAGAAUGUCCCGAGAAAAGUUCGAUUUUCUACUAUCACAAGUUGCACCAUCUUUGAAGAGGAGACACUAUACAAGUUCAAUACGACCCAACAUCAGUCCAGCAGAAAAAUUAACCCUCACUCUCAGAUUUUUAGCUGCAGGUGUAUCACAGGCUUCACUGUCAUUUAGCUUCAGAAUUAGUUCUGCCAGUGUUUGCAAUAUAGUGUACGAGACAUGUGAAGCAAUUUGGUCAGCACUGCAACCAAUGUAUGUAACAGCACCAACAUCUAAGGAAGACUGGUUGAAAAUUAGCAAAGAGUUCGAACAACUAUGGAAUUUUCCUCAUUGUAUUGGUGCCAUUGACGGGAAGCAUGUUGUCAUACAGGCCCCACCCAAUGCUGGUUCGGAAUAUUAUAAUUAUAAGGGGACACAUUCUAUUGUCCUCUUAGCUGUUU